GAAGGCAGGAUGGCAGCUCGGCGUGUGCUGAAAGCAGUCUUGGUGGAUCUCAGCGGCACGCUUCACGUUGAAGACUCGGCCGUGCCCGGCGCGCAGGAAGCUCUUAAAAGGCUGCGCAGCGCCCCGGUCACCAUCCGCUUUGUGACAAACACCACCAAGGAGUGCAAGAAGGACCUGCUGGACAGGCUGACGAGGCUGGGCUUUGACAUAGCAGAAGAUGAGAUCUUCACUUCUCUGACAGCAGCCAGGAAUCUUCUGGAGCAGAAGCAGGUGCGGCCUCUCCUCCUGGUGGACAAGAAGGCCCUGCCUGAUUUCACAGGGAUCACCACUGAUGACCCCAAUGCCGUGGUGGUGGGACUGGCUCCUGAGCACUUCCACUACGAGAUGAUGAACAAAGCCUUCCGGUUGAUUUUGGAUGGUGCCCCUCUUAUAGCUAUACAUAAAGCCAGAUAUUUCAAGAAGAAGGAUGGCUUGGCUCUGGGCCCUGGACCUUUUGUAGCUGGGCUGGAAUACGCGACGGACACCAAGGCGACCGUGGUGGGGAAGCCAGAGGAAACCUUCUUCCUGGAAGCUCUGCGGGGCACCCACUGUGCCCCAGAGGAGGCUGUCAUGAUUGGUGAUGACUGCCGGGAUGAUGUUGGUGGUGCCCAGAACGUGGGCAUGCGUGGGAUUUUAGUGAGGACUGGUAAAUAUCGACCAGCAGAUGAAAACAAAAUCAAUCCAGCUCCUUACUUAACCUGUGAGAAUUUCCCCGAGGCUGUGGAACAUAUCCUAGAGCAUCUGCUGUGAGAAAGGGAGUCUAAACAAACCUCUGUGUCACAUCAGCUCCCCUGGCUUCAAAACAAUUAAGGUCACAGGAUUAACACAUGGAUCACCUCAGAAACCUCCCCGUGAACCCCUUC